AUGGGACCUGAAGAAGCUAAGAAAAGGAUCGCUCAGUUUCAGGAGAAUGUCAAUAAGAAAGCUCUUAUUGACUGGUCAGAAUACAACAAGCCUCAACUCUUUAGCUGGCCAGUACCUGAUGGUACUCAUGGAGGACUACUCGCAAUCCGGGCUCGUAUUUCAUAUGAGUUUUGGAAGUUCUUCAUGUCAGAGGGAAGGAAGACACUUUACGAAUACAACAGCACCAAUGGCACCGAUAUAAAUCUCAAGGGAAAAGACCAUCACAUUGGAGGAUCAGGACAGACUAGGCCAGUGAAGCCCGCAAUUGCUGCAAUCAUGUUGGACAUUGAUACUGAGGCGUGGUCCGGACUUCCAAUUGAACAAUUACUAUCUGAAAAGGAAAGGAACCAUUGGAGCAAGCAUCAGCGAAUGGUGGAUGAACAAGGAGAAAUUGCAAAUGGAACAAAUGUAGUGAAUGAAGAGGAAGAGAAGGAAAAUCAAGAAGACGAGGACCGUCCAACUACUUCUAAGAAAAGAUCAAGUGAUCCUGUUGAAGACGAACCUUCCAUUAAAAAGAGAAUGUUACAAUAA